CCGCCAAAAUAUCUGACAAUAAACGGAUCGAAAGCACUGGAAGUCCAGAAUCCGUUGCAUUCUUCAGGUUCUCAUUCAACGAAUAUAUUCAUAGCUGAGGCUAAAGAGGGGGAGAAAAUAGUAUUGAUUUGUUCGGCUUCUCCAUCAAAACCCGUCCCAAAAAUAAAGUGGUUUCGAAAGAACACUGAAUUAUUAGCCGAUGCGUCCAAGACUUUAGUGAACAAAACAUUAGUAAAUAAUCGUCACAUUCUCUAUACGAUCGACAGUUUCCUCACUCUAUACCCGAAGAAUGAGGAGGAGUACAGAUGUGUUGCCGAACAUCCGGGUCUAUCCAAGACAUUGAGGGCUAGAAUACUAAUCAACAUAUUUCGUGCGCCAAACGUACCCGUAAUCGAUGGCUAUAAAAACGGGGAUAUUGUUAGCUUUAAUGAGAAAUUAACGCUCAAGUGCAGCUCAACCAAUGGCUACCCGCCCCCAAGUGUUAUUUGGUUGCGAAACGGAUUAGAGAUAGACAGGAGUCAAACGGUGACCGCAAGACACGAUGUCAUCAACACAUUAACAUUCAUCGUAACCGCCGCUGAAAACUUAGCUCAAUAUACCUGUCAGGCAACGAAUCUCAUGACUCCCAUCCCAUUAACACAAACUAUUACUUUAAUCCUUCCGGCGAAGAUCUCAAUCGUGGGUCCAAACGAAGUGCCAUUAAUUGAAACUAAAGACUUCACAUGCCGUAUAGGCCGUAGAGGAGGAGGUAAGCUCUGGUUUAACUUAUGGUUUGUCGAUGACAUCGAAAUUACUUCGACCGACGAGCACAUGGAUGUCAUCAAAAAGGAUAAUAACAGUUGGAUUGUGAGCUCAAACUUAACAUAUACUAUCACACGAAAAGAGCCAAAUACUAUCAGAUUCAAGUGCAUAGGAUAUACGUCUGCAAUGAAAGAGGAGAGCGUAUCAGCCGUUCAUAAAGUGAAUGUUAUUCUCCUUAUGCACCGAAACGCACCGGAUUUGCCAACUCUUCUGGGAAUCAAGGAUUCAUGGGUUUCAGUGGUGGCGGGAAAUCUCCUCAAAUGCAAAUGUGUCAGCUAUUCAGGCAAUCCGAGGCCACACUUGAUUUGGCUUAACCAGUACAACCGCGAAGUACGGCUUCCAGUUAUCCCAAUUAGCGCCAUCUCAUCACUCACAGGAAGUGGUGUGUCCUCUGAGUUAGUGAUCAGAGCCGAGCCUCAAGACAACGGCCAUACAUUCAAAUGUCGUGUUUUGCAUCCAGCUCUUGACAAACCCUACGAAAUCUCAUUUAAAUUAACGGCCGCUAUUGAAGUCAUCGAUUUGUUGAUCCACUCUUUUUUGGAUGACUUUGGGGUGCAAUCAGUCACG